AGGACAUUGAGAUGUUGAGACCCCGCUCUCCUUGAGGUGGAUUCUUGGCUAGUCAAGACUUUGAAAUAGCAUAACCGUCUGGUGUCUCAAACACGGCAGAAGGUCGACAAGAUCAAACAAGAAAACCGCCAAAAAUGUCCAAGAAAAUCCUCCUCAUCAACGGCCCCAACCUCAACCUGCUGGGGACGCGGGAGCCGCAGCUCUACGGCACCACGACGCUGGACGACGUGGUGACGCUGGCCCGGGACAAGGCGCAGUCGCUCGGGGCCUCGCUAGAGGCCUUCCAGUCCAACCACGAGGGCGCCAUCGUCGACCGGAUCCAGGAGGCGCGGACCCAAGGGGUGGCGGCCAUCGUCAUCAACCCGGCCGCCUACACGCACACGAGCGUGGCCAUCCGGGACGCCAUCCUGGGCGUGGGCAUCCCCUUCGUCGAGGUGCACAUCUCAAACGUGCACGCGCGCGAGCCCUUCCGCAGGCACAGCCACCUCAGCGACAAGGCCGAGGCCGUCAUCUGCGGGCUGGGCGUCUACGGGUACGAGGCGGCCAUCGAGUUUGUGGUGAAGCACAUGAAGGAGCGGUCGUAGGUUUGAGAAGUGGGAUUAGGACGCUUGGCUGGAACGAUUAUAUGGGGGGAAGAAGGCUGAUAGGGGAUGGAUGGAAGGGAGACGCUUGUAGCUGGAGGUGUAAAAAGAUGGUAUAGAUAUACUACAAAACAAAAUCCGCGCGAAGAAGCAUUUGAUCAUCGACGAGAUAAAACAACAG